AUGAGAAUUACUAACAGUAUUCGUCGGAAAGCUGAGCGCGCGAGGCUUGAACACAAACGCCAGCAGGUCGAGCGCGACCGUGAAGCAGAUCGCAAGUUCAAGGAGACCGUGUGCGACGCGGUCAAGGCGCUCCCAAAGGCGUUUACGGAUCUCGCAGAUGCUAUCCGCCAGGGUCCAGAUCAGAACGCCAGGAGCUCCAAGGAACAGGAGGAGAAGUAG